AUGAACGGGACGCGCAACUGGUGUACUCUGGUGGACUUGCACCCGGAGGGGGAGAGCGCGAUAAAAGGGAAUAUUCUCAGAUUUAUUCUUCAGAGUGACUUGUCAGGUGAUCAUCUCGAAGACGUGUUUCAAGACAUAUGUCUUGAAUCCUACAAAAUGGUAUCUAACAGAUCAGGCAGUCAUUCUAUAGCAUCGGAGCUGGUAGAAUCCAAUGAUGGGCAUGAGGAAAUCAUCAAGGUUUACUUGAAGGGGAAAGCUGGUGACAGAAUCAUCCACGAGAAGAACAUCGAUCAGCUGAAAAGUGAAGUUCAAUACAUCCAAGAAGCUAGAAACUGUUUGCAGAAGCUUCGGGAGGAUAUAAGUAGCAAGCUUGAGAGAGAUUCAAGAGAUUUUCCUCACCAACAGGAGAUGCAGGUGCUAUUGGAAAAGCCAAAUGGCUUCAGGCAGACUUCCACUGCCCUGUACAAGACCCCCUCUGAGACCUUGGCACAAAAUUAUCAAAAUCAAGAUCCUGAGAGUUUGAAGGAAACCGUCCAAGACCUGCUGGCUAGAUUGCAGGAGGCGGAGAGACGGCAUCAAUCUGACAAGGUACUUUUUGAGGCCACACUUAGCCGAUACCAGAGAGAAGCUGAGAAGAGUAAUUCUGCCCUGCAGAAAGCCGAGAACAACUUGGAGCAGAGAGACGCGGAAAUUCUAGAGCUUCAGAGGUGCAUGUUGGGGAUGGAAAAGGAACAACAGAGCCUACUGGAGAAGGUCAGGGAAGGGAAGAAGGCCCUGGAAGAGCUCCGGACCCAGAACACCGACGGCCUUGCACAACAGGAAAAGGUUACUCAGCUGGAGAAGGAGGUAGCUACUCUUCGGGAGAAGAUCCAUCACCUGGAUGACAUGCUGAAGAGUCAACAACGGAAAGUCAGACAGAUGAUAGAGCAGCUCCAGAAUUCUAAAACAGUAAUUCAGUCAAAGGACACAACCAUCCAGGAGCUCCAAGAGAAGGUUGCCUACUUGGAGGCUGAGAAUUUAGAGAUGCAUGACCGAAUGGAACACCUGAUAGAGAAGCAAGUCAGUCCUGGAAAUUUCAGUACACAAACCCGAACCAAAAGUGAUGGCCUGGGAAGCAUUAGGAUCUCCAAGCCUCCAAACCCUAAGCCCUUGCCUCUCAUCAGGGUGGUGGAAACCUGAGCUGCAUACUGAAUAUUGCUGCUUGCUACCCAUAUUAGCCUAAAGAGGAAAAACCACCUCCCUGUUGUAUUCUACUUCUUGACUGCUCCCUGGCUGCUCCCAGGGCCUCGUGUUUGUAUGUCUAAUUCUUAAGCUCCUUUCUUCUGUAUGCUGGGCAGACAGAGGAGGGGGCUGGGGGGUGGGGUGGCCCUCCUCUGGAGCCCUUUGGUACCACCACCACCACCACAGAAGCCCCCCCUCCCCCCCUUCACUGAGGCCAGGACAAGGGCAGAGCCAGUGGUGCACACAUAUUACCAUGAUUGUUGCUGACCUUCAUUAGAGAGGAGAUUUUUUUCUUCUGAAAGAGGGUGUCAAGGUGCUCUGGAAAACCAGGGUCAUACAACGGGACUGGGACAGGGUGCUCUGGCUCGCCUUACUCCUAACACUCGGAGACACAAAUAUCCCACUUGGACUGACUCUCAUCCUGAGGAACUGAAUCUCCUAGCAGCACACCCAUUUCCCUACUUCCUCUGUCCCCAACACUGCAGGGACUUAAUCCUACUCCCAAGAUGGUGGGAUACAGACCAGGGUUGGAGACUGUCUGGCUUCAUUGCUGAUGAAUCUCACCUUUGGUUAAGUCCCUAUUUUUUUGGGAGGAGGGUGAGACAGAAAAAUCUACAUUCAAAGAAUGGAUUUGUAGCAGGAAAAGGUCCCUAGGGACACUGAUGGCUGUGCCCUCAUCCUUGUUGCCUUUGUCUUCUACCACAAUUCCCAGAAACCAUUGGAGUGUUUUGAUUUGUUUUUGUUUCUUUCUUUUUUUUCCCCCUCCCUUUCUCACCCCAAUUUAAAUUCAACCCAAGAAACACUCCAGGCUUCCUGGUCCCAUUGCCCGAAGGGUAGUUUUUCUACCAGAUGGCAUCAGUCCCAGGGAAGUGUCUGUGUCUCCCCCCAUAUUUAUUUUUCUAAGUUAUUGGUGUCUUUUUGGUUAUGUCUUGUGGUUGUUUUAAUACCAAAGUUCUGGAACCUAGUUAUAGAAUUGCUUGAAACUGGGAAAAGCUUUUUUUUUUUUUUUGUAUGUCUUUCAUCUCUUUCCUAUAUCUGUGUUUCCCUCUCUCUUUUUCCCAAGCUGAAUUUGUAGACCAGGGUAGGGGGGAGUGUUUAUUAUAAUCAGACUGAGGGGAAGUGGGAGGGGACAGGACAGGGGUGGAAUUAUAUAUCGAUUGUGCAAAAAAUUCCUGAUUAGGACCCUUUAAGAAAGGAUUGGGUCCCCCCCUUGAAUUUCCCUCUCCUUCCCUCUCCCACCACUCAGGCUCCUUUUUGGUAUACUGCCUCUGAAGGAUCCCAUCUCCUCUUGGCCCCUGACUUAGAGCCUCAGGUGAUGGAGAUAAAACAUCAGAGGACUAGUAUAGUCCUGCAGAAGAAUAUUAACAGAGAGCAAAGCUCUUAUUAAAUCACUUAGCUCUGCCUCUCUCAAAAGUGGAAAGCUUCAAUUUAUCUGUAUCUGUGUAGAGGAGGCCUGGUACCAGACCCAGCCCUGCCUAGAACUUGCUCGGCCACUGUGGGCAAGUCAUUCCAUGCUUCGGUUAACUCAUCUAUAAAUUGAAGGGCCUGAACUAGCCUAUUUCCGAAGUCUCUCUUGGCUCUAAAAUGUGUUUCUAGCCUACACUCUUUAUAUGGUGAAUUAAAUAAAUUAUAUCAAUGUG